GCCGUAGUCUGGCCCUCACCUCCGGCCUGGCUGCUGCAAAGCCGGCUGCCCGCAGCCUUGGGCUGCCCACUGCUCUGCUCCUUGGGUAAUUGCACCCACAGAGCCUCAUCCUGCUGGGCAAGGCACCUGGGCACCUGCCUGAUGGGCAGAGGGUGCCUGUGCAGAGCCAGGCUGGGAUCUGCCCCGUGCCGGUCCCAGCAGAGCUGUGCACCCAUGCAGGGGUGCGUGGAGCUGCCUGAGCAGCUUCACCCGGGGCAUCACAGAGGGGCUAUGUGGGACCAAGGGUCUCUGUGAAGUUGUCCCACAGAGCUUUGCCGGGGACAAGGCAGAGACCUGUUUGUUCUCUUGCAGAUGGAGUGCUCCGAGGAGCUGGAGAGCAGGCUCCUGACCCAGCCUUGGGCUUCUGUUUGCUUUGACGAGUCCACUUUUAUUGCCAAAGCUUGCUUUGGGGAUACAGGUUACAUGCUGCUGAUCUCCGACCUCAGUGGUGUCUGGUACGAGAGUGCUGACGCGGAGGCUGUGGGGCAAAGGUCCAAGGAGCUGAACAAGCGGCUGACGGCCCACGUCUCCUCGGUCUUGCAGCGCCUGCACGGCCUCCUGAGCCCCGCGCUAGCAGGGCAGCCGCACGCCGCCACCUCCUUCUCCUGCCAGCGCCCGGCCGGCGAGCUCAGCCUGCGCGUGAGGAGCGAGCUUUCGGGGCUGCCCUUCUACUGGGACUUCCGCUGCCGCCCCGCUCCCGUGGCGACGGUGUGCCGUCACCUUGUGCGUCCCCUGAUAGGGAUGAGCCUGGCUUUGCAGCACCAGGUGCAAGAGCUGACCUCCCUGCUGCUCCGAAAGGAUGCUGAGAUUGAAGACUACAGGGAGAGCGGGGCCACUCUGAGCAGAGAUCGCCUGAGAACAGAGCCCUUCCAGGAGGAGACAUUUCUGCAGAACUUCAUGGCUGAGAGCCUGCCCCAAAUCUGCAGUGCAGGAGAUGGACACGCAUUCACCUCCGCUCUGCGGCAACUCUACAUGGCAGUGACGCUGCAGGAGGCCAAGCAGGCUCGGAAACGACAUCACCCAGAGGACACUGAAGACCUGGCGCCUACUGCAGAAACCUCAGGGCACCCCGACCCGGCGCCCCAGUCGCCAGUGGACGAAACAGCAUCUUUGAGCAAGGAAGCCACGCCGACCUCCUCCCCUGUGCAGAAGCCCCGACUACCUGUGGCCAAGGCCAAGCCGAAGAAGGCAAAAGGGCUCUUCAGCUGAAAGGUUGCUGCUGCUGUCCUGAGGGUCUCUGUCCCACAGCACCUAAGAAAGGCUGUGUGGAUCACCACAUGUCCUAUGCCUCAUCUGCAUCUCCCUGUGGAUUCUUCUGGGGUCAUUCCCCACUGCCGAGGAGACAGAAUUUCUUGUCCACCUGUUUAUAUCUCAGGGAAUUCUUUGUGCUUCUGCCCAGAUGCAGAUCCCAGGCUGCCUAUGUGAAGCUCGUGCUGGACCUGGGGGUAGUGGGAGGGAUGCUGCCGUGUGUGUGCCCAGACAGAAACUGCAGGGCUCUGGUGGGGUGUUCCUUUGGCUGGAAGACAAAGUCCUGCCCUUUGCAAUAAAGGUCUGCGUCUGGGUGAUGUUCCUUCUCCCUCUGCUCUGCCCCUCCUCAGCCCAUGGUGCUGAGACAGGGGUGCAACCUCUGGUGCAGCAUAUUAUAGAUUCUCUCUGUAUUCAAAGUAUAAUUUCUACCCCCUCACACACCGUCCAUCCAUCCAUCCAUCCAUCCAUCCAUCCAUCCAUCCAUCCAUCCAUCCAUCCAUCUAUCCAUCCUUCCAUCCAUUCUUCCCUCCAUCCUUCCCUCCAUCUCUUCAUCAUCCAUUCCUCCUUCCAUCCAUUCUUUCCUUCAUCUUUCCUUGCAUCCCUCGAUCAUCCCUCCCUCCCUCCUUCCCUCCCUCUAUCCUUCAGUCCAUCCAUCCAUCCGUCCAUCCAUCCAUUCAUCCCUCCGUGUAUGCAUUAACCCUUCCUCUCCUCUCCCAGCUCUUGUCUCCACGUGCUUCCCUUUGAAGCUGGGAAGCCACUCCCAUACCCAAUCCAGCUCCUAAAAUAGCAGCAGGGUCCCGUGCCCCUGCCUGCCCCUGGCUCCCCAGGGCUGGGCUAGCCGCAGGCUCACUGCUUUCUCUCAAGGGCAGCAAGGGGGAAACAAAAACAUCCGGAGCAGCCCCUGUGUCUGUAGAAGGGGAAUGAAAGGGCCUUUGCAGGGCCAUGGCCGGCCAGUCCCAGGGCGAGAGGUUUUUAUACUUCCUCUCCAAGGGAGCAGCAUGCGGGGCAGAGUGGGUGAUGGGAAGGGGAAGCCAUGGAGUGGGGAUCGUGUGCCUAUACCCUUGUGUCCUGCCUUCUCCUGUCUGAGUACAACCCAGGAGCCUUUGGAACAGGAGCCUGUGGACUGUAGGGCAACGGGGGCUCUGGGGCUCUCUGGGCUUUCCCAACCACAUUGCUUUCUCCUGGGUGAAAGAGCUGGGGCUGUGCCCCAUCUCCAACAUGGGUCAGCACUGCUUGGAGGGCAUGAGCUGCAGGCAAGGACCUGCUGUUAAAACACAUCCUGUCCCAGGGCAUGGGAAGGAUGGGCUGCAGGAGCAGAGAUGAAAGCAGAUCAGAAUUGUCAGUGGGAAAAAGAGCUCUGCCAAUACCCCCAGCCCCAUGGCUCCAGAAUGGGCCAAGGUGCCUUCCCGGCCCAGGUUGACGCCAGCUGCGGGGAGUGUCACCUCGCAUUGUCCCAGCCUGGCCCGCUGGGGUCUCCUUCCCUGUCCCCACCCCCUCCUCCCUGGAGCCGGCUGGAUUUGAGCUUCCGACACACAUUAAAGGCCACAAGUUCGGCCUCGGCCUCCAUAAAUUUGAUUCCAUAAAUAUUAGUUUUCGCAGGGUUUAAUGAAGCCGUUAUGCCGGGCACGGCCCAGCACCCCGACCCGUGCCCUUAAUAAGGGCUCUGUGGCCUCGAUUAAAGGGACCUUUCAAUCGCUGUCAAGUAUUUUUAGAAAAGGAAAAGAAAAAAAAAAAAAAAGAGAGAGGAGAAGAAGACGACCAAGGCAGCGAAUAGGGAGAGGAAAAUCCCAAACCCAACCAGUGCAAAAAUAGAGAAAUAGCACCACCUAGACUGCAUCUCUCGGCUCCGCUGCCUGCUUGCUCUGCACUGUGCUCUGCUCCGGGCAGCCCUGCGGGGCCUGUUGCCAGCCCAGUGCCAGCCUGGUACCAGCUUGGUAUCCACAGGAUGCUGAUGGCUGGAGGCUGCAGUGCCAUUGGUUGAGGGGGUGAAGCCAGAGAGUGGAGGAAAGGGGGACUAGAGCAAGGUGAGGACACAGCCAGGAGGACUGUGUGGGGUUGGUCCUGAAAGUGCCUAAGAGUAGCUGGCGGCUGCAGGAGAUGCUGGAAGGUAAUUCCUCUCCAUGCCCCAGUGCUGCAGCUGCAAACGCCCUUUUCCACCAGUCUCUGGGCAGACAGCCCCCUACACUGGCUGCCCAGCCACACCUGGGGUCCUGCCCCAUGUGCCGGCAGGUAUACAGGCUGGCACUGGGAUAUGGAUGCUGUGGUCAGUGCUGAGCCCAGUUGAUGUCAGUCCCACUGGAAGAGGUUGUGGAGAGCUCAGCAGUGUCCCACCCCACUCCUGGGGUGCUUCCUGGUGGGCUGCUCUUCAUAUCCAGGCAGUGCUAAUGAGCAGGUAACUCUCCCAUGUCCCACUUCCCGUGCAGGAGUUGGGCCAUGCUGCAUAGACAUACAGCAGGCUCUGCAUCCAGGGGCAGAAGCCUGUCACUUCUUUCCGUGCCCAGAGCUGACGCAGGGUGCUGGGACCACUGGUGCCACAGUCACAACCAAAGUCAGUUCCCUGUUUGCAGCUCUGGGUCUCCAGGGGAUAUGGAUUUUGUUCCAGUGAGGGCAGAACCAGGCUGCUGCCAGUCUGGAGCUGGACAGGGGACAGGCACAUGUAAUACGCAUGCUGCAGAGUCUGGCUUUGGAUUAGAGAGGCAGGGAGCUGGGAUCGCCCCUCCAGCAGGAGUGCAGAGCAGCCUUCAACCUUAGCUCAGGCUCUGCUCCUCCUGUGCCUGCGAUGUAUGGUGAGCUGUGCCCUUCCUGCAGCCCCAGAGGAAGGCACAAGGAGAGAUGCUGUGACAGCUCUCUGCUCUUCCUGCUGACUCCUGUAGGAUGCUCUUCUGGAAGAGUCAACCGAGAUGUGCAAGUGUUAGGGCUGGGGACCGUAGGUAUUGCUUCUUGUUCCAUCACAUAUGGGAGCAGCAGGACACCACGCAUCCCAGGUUGUGGCAGGGCUUCGUGCAAGCUCUGACCCUGAUGCAGACACCUCUCGGCAACUUUGCUCUGCCUGUAUAUCCUGCAAAGGAAACAGUCCUCUGGAGCUGCUGGCUAGCAGCAUCCCAAACACACGGGUGCUGCUGGCUGCAUCCAAAUGCCUGGAUGGCUCUGUCUCCAUCACCCAGCGCAGACCUGCAGCUAUUCCAGCCUGGCCCUCCAGUGUGCCCACCCAAGGGAUGUGAGGGGCCAUCCCCGCCAAGGCGGUGUGUAUAGGGCCAUCCCAAGGCACUGCCUCACCUGGGAAGGACAUAGGAAACUUGCAGGGGUGCAAGCAGAGUGUGGCCGGACCCCUCCCCGGCAUGCAGCUGGGGGAGAACCAGGGGGGCCUCGCGAACCCUCGCUCCUGAAAUCAGGGUGUUGUAUUUACUUUCCCCUUUUGGCAGCUAGAAGGGGAAGCCCAUCCCAGCCCCUCAUUGUUGUCUCAGCGAGUUAAUCAGAUGCCAUAAUCCUGUUGUGGAAAUAUCGGGCCUCCCUGGAAACAAUGGGGAGCGAGAAUAUUGUGGUUAAAUUUCAA